UAGCAGAACCGCAGAAGAGUGAAGACAGCAAAAACUUUCUUGUCCUCUUUGCCAAUUCCGAUAAACCCUAAUUUCAAAUUUUGAUCCUUUUAGAAAGCCCACCAGGAAUGUGGUGCUUCAGUUUUUGAGUCAAGCGAAGACCACUAUGGAAAACCUCGGAGGUAUAGGGUUCAGUAACACGAGCAGUGCAACAACAAGGAAGAAGAGGAGUACUACAUUGCGCCGGCCUUGGAAUGAACGACAGUUACAGGAUGCUUCGUCAUUGCCCUCCACACCAAUCCCUGACAAUAAUGAAAAUAAAAUAGAAGAGAGGGAAGCAAUGGAGUCAGAUGAAGGUUCAACGAAUGGUUCAUUCCAAGGAAGUAAUCAGGGUCACAGCACUGCAUCCACUGAUGGGUUUCUUGUCCCUACUAUUAAGAAAGAAUCGAGCCAACGUCGAGCUGGUUUCGCUGAGAAUACAAUCAAGAAGGUUAAACUCAAAGUCAGUGGUUCAUCCAAUGCAAUAUCUGUAUCUGAUGGUGCUUCGACAAAGUCUUCCCAUGCAUCCUUGGACAAUGAAAGCAAAGCAGAUUCAUGUAAUGAUACCAGGGAUAGCAAAACAAAUACGUAUCCCAUCCGUAAAAGCAACCGGACUUCCAAACGACGUGUUCUUGGGGAGGAACUCGGUGGUCUUGAUGAUGAUGACGACGGCGAGAUUCAGUUUCUCAGAAGGGUGAAAAUGGGUAAAAAAGUUGUUGCUGUGGAAGAAGACGUUGAUGAAGAUGAAGAAAGGAAUAGAAAACAUAAAAAGCUUUCUAAGGUAAUGAAACAAAAUGUUGAAUAUCCGCGUGGUGUUGGAACAUCAGAGAAGUCAGGUAAGACAGGAAAAGCAUUUGAUGAUGAUUAUGAUUAUGAUUAUGUCAAAGAUGAGGAAGAAGGUCUGAGUGAUGCAGAGAUUGAGCUAGAAAGUAAGAGCGGGAGAGCUAGAAGAAGAGAAGGUCUGAGUGAAAAAACAGAAAUGACUGUGACUACUCGUCGACGUUCUGGACAUAGUGGAAACCUUAUAGAGUUUCCUCGUGGCUUACCUCCCGCUCCACCUAAAAAGCGGAAAGAAGAUGGGUUAGAGGUUGAUCAGCAACUAAAGAAAGCUGAGGCUGCCAAGAGACGUAAACUUCAAGUCGAAAAGGCAGCUAGAGAGUCAGAGGCUGAGGCAAUCAGAAAGAUUCUGGGACAAGACUCUAACAGAAAAAAGAAGGAAGAUAAGAUAAAGAAACAACAAGAAGAGAAGGCUAAGGAGAAGGCUGCAGACUCGAUAGCCCGUAGAUCAGACACAGUGAAGUGGGUAAUGGGUCCUUCAGGAACCAUCGUAACCUUCCCAGAAGAACUUGGAUUACCAUCUAUAUUCAACUCUAGACCUCAAAGCUAUCCUCCACCGCGGGAGAGAUGUGCAGGUCCAGAAUGUACCAACCCAUACAAAUACAGAGAUUCACUAUCAAACCUUCCAUUGUGCAGCCUCCAGUGCUACAAGGCGAUGAAAGGGUAGAAUGGAUAUUGUAAGUUCUUUUAUUCAACCCCUUUACCUGCUUACGAUAGUGACAGAAAAUAAUAAUCGUUCAUGUAAAUAGUAAUAACGAAACAGAAUGUAUAGUUUGUUUGUAUCUAAAAUAAGAACCGACUGUAAAUGGAAACUUAAGUGACUGUAGUAGUUAUGUCAAAAUGUUUGAGAGUGGGCUAGGUGAAAAGAUCAAUACGUAAAAAUCAAAGACUAUUAUUUCCAAACAUUAUAAACGAAAUUAAUUUCUGAAGCUUAAAAAUAAAGAUGAUGGUUAAUGAGCUAGACGAGAGAAGAAGGAAGAGUUGCCAUCCAGCUAUCUUUAUCAACGAAAGUUUUAGGAUUUAAAAGAAAGUCAACUUCUUUAGCUGAGAGAUUC